CACGCCUGCGGCAGCCGCACAACACCCCCCAGUGAACUGCCUGGCGCACUAAGCCCUCCUACCCGGCAGCCAGAUAGGUUUGGCUUUAACGCGGAAGUUUCAGUUCCGCUCAGUCCAGUUCUGCAAAAGUGAGAACGGACUGAAGACACGCCGCUUCUCUCUCUCUACACCAAACCCGGCUUCACACGGCAAGGUACAUCAUGAGCACCAGCUACAGCGUCUCUCUGGAAGGCCCCGCCCCUUGGGGCUUCAGACUGCAGGGAGGGAAGGACUUCUGUCUGCCCCUCACCAUCUCACGGCUGACCGAUGGAGGCAAAGCAGCCAAAGCAAAGAUGAGCAUUGGAGACAUCAUUCUGUCUAUUAAUGGGAUUUCCACAGACAGCAUGAAUCACCUGGAGGCUCAGAACAAGAUUAAGGCCUGCACUGACCAGCUCAGCCUCACUCUACAGAAGCCCUCUGCUGCCCCUAAAGAUGAAGUGCCUAAGGUUGAACCUCAAGAAAUCAUUAAGCCUGUUCCAAUCACUCACCCUUCGCCAAGCACCACUUAUACCAAGCCAUUAAAUCAGCCCACUCCUGCACAAAAUAAGACAGCUCGUCCAUUUGGUGGCAACAGCAGCGGGGUUACCGCUUCUUCCUCACCGGCUGCUCCCAAAGUUGCUUCUAUACCCUCCGAAUCAUCCGCUUUUACACCAGCUGCCCCUUCCCAACCACCGCAGCCUCCGUUUCCGCUGAGGUCAAGCCAAACUGCCACAAACCCGGCUCCUGCCAGUUCAGUUCCCAAACCCAGCUCUGGGCACUCCACCAUCACCUCCUCAUCUGCCUCUUCCUCCUCAUCUAACUCCUCCUCUCCAGCCAGAAUGACAACCACCUCCUCCCAUCCUAAUGUCCCACAGCCCUCUGUUUAUAACACACCUAUCAACCUUUACUCCAAUGCCAAUGCUUGUGAGGUGGCUAUAGGACAGAGGCGAGGUCUUUUGGAGAGCCAGGGACUGUCAGAGCAUGUCAACGGGAAACCCACUGUGCAGCCUGAGAAUCAUUCAUCCCCGCUAAGUGAUGCCAGCAAGAAGCGUCUGAUUGAAGACACAGAGGACUGGCACCCACGGACCGGCACCUCCCAGUCGCGCUCCUUCCGCAUGCUGGCCCAGAUGACUGGCACUGAGAAUGAACAAACUCCAGGCAACAGUGGAAAGAAUGAGGCAGUUGAUAAAACCACUCCCACUGUGCACUCCUCACCUGCAGCGAAAACCUAUUCCAAACCUGCAGCAGCACCAACAAAUGGCAACGUUGUCCCUGCGUCCAAAUUUAAGAGCCCUGCAGGCCAGACCAAAGCCUCCAAUCAGCCUGGAGGUCCAUCAGGUUUUUUUAAGGGCGGAGCACUUCCUUCAUUUGGCAAAGUCGCCAAUCCUGCUCCAAAAGGACCAGAGCGCCCCACCCCGCAACCACAUCCCGAGGACCUCAACUCUCUGGUACAGCAGGCUGAGCACAUCCCAGCUGGUACACGCACCCCAAUGUGCUGCAAGUGCAACAAUGUCAUUAGGGGACCAUUCCUUGUAGCCAUGGGUAUGUCAUGGCACCCUGAGGAGUUCAACUGUGCUCACUGCCACUCCUCCCUGGCUGAGCGGGACCGUGGAUUUGUGGAAGAGGGGAACCAGGUGUACUGUGUGCGUUGCUACGAGCAGUUCUUUGCUCCCACCUGCGCCCGCUGCCAACAGAAGAUUCUGGGGGAGGUCAUGAAUGCCCUGAAACAGACCUGGCAUGUGUCCUGUUUCGUCUGCGUAGCCUGCCACCAGCCAAUCAGGGGCAACACGUUUCACAUGGAAGAUGGACAGCCGUACUGUGAAAAAGACUACUACAGCCUGUUUGGGACCAAUUGUCAUGGCUGCGACUACCCCAUUGAGGCAGGGGACAAGUUCUUGGAGGCUCUAGGAUUUACCUGGCACGACACCUGUUUUGUGUGUGCGGUGUGCUCUACUAACCUGGAAGGUCAGGCGUUCUUCUCCAAAAAAGACAAGCCUUUGUGCAAGAAACAUGCCCACACCAUCAACAUCUGAGCUGACCCUGUGAAUAUACAGAAGUUGGGGUCAGAGUGUCAGUUUGCAGCAGUUAUAUUUCAAGCAGAUGUUAAAUAUUUUCUUGAUUAAAAAAUAAACUGGUUGACUGGCAUUUUUUAAGAACAACAUUUUGUCAAAUAUUCCACUGUAAGCUUUAUUUUCUGCUCUAGUAUUGUCCUAUUAACUAUUAUCAUCAGGUAUUUCAUUUCACUUUAGUAGAAUAUGCAAGAGGAAAUUCAGCGCAUUUCACUCCUUUGUCAGUUUCAUAUCUACACCGAUGGAUUUUUAAAAAUCCUGUUGUGAUGGGGGUGUGUGGAGGAUGAGAAAAAAUUUGUUUUCAUGAUUUUGAAAUUAAACUUAUUUAACUUUAAGUAAAGAAAUAAGUAUAUUUUAGACAGGGAUCACUCAGUCAAUGUGUUCUGGCAAAAAAAUGGAAAAUAAUAUCAGUAGUAAUUUUUUUUAAUGUUUUAAAAUGAUGUGGUAUUUAGUUAUUGCCACUAGAUGAAAAUACCAGGCAGUAAUGUGUUAAAAUGUGCAAAUUAUACACUGUGCAUACGGUAUUUCACUAUUAAUGCAUCCAGGAGUAUUUUUGAAAGGACUCUGUAAUGCAAACUGAAUAAAAUUGGGACAUCCUGCUGUUUCUGUUCAUGUUGCAGUGUCUAUACUUCAGUAGUUAAAAGGUUAAGUGAGUAUCCUUCCAGUGAAUAUCCAUAUGGAACUGUAUUGAACCAGCUUCUGGCAUUAAAAUGCAUUUUAUUUUUCUUAUUUUGCGCUGAAGCAUUUCUGAAACUCCCGCUGUGACUACCUAUUGUAACAUUUUUUUUUUUGUGGGAUUCAGGUUUACCAAAACGAUUUUGAAAUAUAUUUUCAGAAUUUGAGUUCUGCUGUCAGGUUUUUUUUUUUUUUGUUUCUUUGUUUCUUUGUUUUGCACAAUUUCUAUGCAUUCAUUUAAAUAAAAGAGUCCAACAUUGGCUACAGCACA